CAAAUUGAAAGCUGACUUUUUUUUAUAUUACUUCUAGAAUCUAGUGUAAAUUUAUAUCGUUUAUUUAUCUAAAAUGAGUUUCUUUGAAAUGCUAAUAGAACGAUACAUUUCAUUUCGUUUGUAUAGAAGUAAUUAGUGAUUGAAUAAUAUUUGGAUUUUGUUCCCGAUGAAUUUUAUACAAUAGUGCAUUCAAUUAUUUACUUCACGUAUCAUCUUUGGUAUCUUAAUCACUUGCCAUCUGGAACGGUUUGAGAAGUCAUUCAUAGUAGAAUUUAAGUGAGACUAAUACAUUUUCAUCAACAUUUUUGUCAUACAGACAUGAAAAUGGUGCUGUCUCAAAGACAACGUGAAGAAUUGAACAAAGCUAUAGCUGAUUACUUAAGUAGUAAUAGUUAUUACAAUGCACUGGAAGGUUUGAAGAAAGAUGCUGAUAUGCCCGGAGAGGUAGAAAAUAAAUAUGGUGGUUUACUAGAAAAAAAAUGGACUUCUGUAAUUAGAUUGCAAAAAAAAGUAAGCGAAUUAGAAUCAAAACUUUCCGAGUAUGAAAAAGAAAUUAACUCUGGUGCUCCUAAAAGAGCAUUACGCUCACCAAGUGACUGGAUUCCAAGAGCUCCAGAAACUCAUUAUUUGACUGGACAUAGAGAAACAGUAGUAAAAGUUAUAUUUCAUCCAGUUUUUAAUAUUCUUGUAUCAGCAAGUGAAGAUGCUACAAUAAAAAGUUGGGACUAUGAGACUGGUGAAUAUGAAAGAACUCUGAAAGGUCAUACAGAAGCUAUACAAGAUGUUGCUUUUGACGAGAGUGGUAAAUUGCUAGUGUCUUGUAGUGCUGAUAUGAGUAUUAAGUUAUGGGAUUUUAGUCAGACUUACGAAUGCAUUCGUACCAUGCAAGGCCACGAACACAGUGUGUCGGGAGUUUGUUUCCUUAAAGGUGGAGAUUUUAUAGUUUCUUCAUCAAGAGAUAAAACAAUUAAAAUGUGGGAAGUUAAUACAGGAUACUGUGUUAAAACAUUCACUGGGCAUCGUGAAUGGGUUAGAAAAGUGAAAGUUUCUCCGUGUGGCCAACUGUUAGCUUCUUGUUCCAAUGAUCACACUGUUAAAGUUUGGGUAAUUGCAGCUACUCAAUGUAAAGCAGAUUUACGAGGCCAUGAACAUGUAGUAGAAUGCAUUGCAUGGGCACCUGCUGCAGCGUCAUCGACAAUUAAUGAAGGCGCUGGGGUUGAUAAAAAGAAAAAUGGUUAUGAAGGACCUUUUAUUAUAUCUGGUUCACGAGAUAAAACCAUUAAGAUGUGGGAUGUGGCUUCACGUUCAUGUCUGUUUACUAUGGUUGGACAUGACAAUUGGGUACGUAGUUUAGUGUUUCAUCCUGGUGGUAAAUAUGUGAUAUCUGCUAGUGACGACAAAACACUUAGAAUUUGGGAUUUGGCAAACAAACGAAAUAUGAAAACUUUAUUGGCCCAUAGUCAUUUUUGUACCACAGUUGAUUUCCAUCGAUCGCAACCAUUUGUAAUAACAGGUAGUGUGGAUAAAACAAUUAAAGUUUGGGACUGUCGCUGAUAGUACAAAGUCCCGACAAUUCGUGUUGUUAAAAUAUGCUCUGCUUUGCUAAAUUUAAAAAAUAUCUCCACUACAUUAACACAAAUUAAGAUUUUAAUUUCUAGUCUAUCAUAGAAGUGUAGGUAUAUUAUUGCCCAGCUUUUAUUUAUGUGAAAAUAGCAUUGCUUUUUAAAUUUUUUUAUAUAGAUAAUAUAUAUAUAUAUAAAGAAAUAACUAGUUCUUUAUAUUUUAGGUAUGUGUAUUUUUUAUUUUUCCUCCCAAUAUACUAGUACAUAAAAAAACAAUAGGUUUUAAAUAUAAUUUUAUGUUAUUUUAUUUAUGUGCAUAUUUAGCUUUCUCGUUUGAUGACGAUGUAUCAUUUUGUUUAAAUACUUUUACU